AUGUUUGUUUUUACCACUCGUUCUGUGAGUGGCUGGCGUGAAGGCCAGGCUCACGGUCGGUCACAAUUGACCGGCAGUGUAGCUUCGUGGAAUACAUUGACCUUGUUCUGCGCACACGUUGUCGCAUAUGGUGCAGUAGGUCAACGCUGUGUGCUUUCAAUGUUCAUGCAUCCAUCACCUUUCUCUCGGAUCUGCUGCCUUAGGAGGCUACCUCCAUUCUUAUCCUUCUCUCGUUCAAUUGUUGUGGGUGAUCAGAUCAAAAUAGUCCGGAAAUUUACCCAAGAAGAUGUGAAUGCUUUCAGCGUCCUCUCCGGAGACAACAAUCCCAUUCAUAUUGAUCCGGAAUUCGCCAGAAAAACACAGUACGGGCAAUGUAUUGUCCACGGAACAUUGGUCCUCGGCCUUUUGUCCUGCCUGUUUGGUUCCCGUUAUCCCGGUCCUGGAUGCGUUUUGGCUGAUCUUAGCGCUCGUUUCAGUGCUCCCCUGUUUGUUGGCGAAUCUUGUCAGAUAAACACCGAGGUGAUGCGGAUUGAGAAGAGAUUUGUGACCGUCUCUUUCGAAGCCGUUGCACUGGAGCGUGAAGCUUCCAUCAUAAAGGGGCAGACGAAAGUGGUGUUCACCAAGGAUCAGCUAUCCCUCGAGCCUCCAAAAGGUGUGAUUCAAUUCUAG